AUGAUGAUCACACCAAAGCUCCAUAUGCUAGAACACGGUUGCCCUUUUCUUCGACAAUGGCACGUGGGUCUUGGAUUCUAUGGUGAACAAGGGAUUAAAGGAAUACACUCCGAAUUCAACAUCCAUUCCCAGCAUUUUGACCAUGUGAAGAAAAAGGACACAAAAUUACGUCAAAUCCUUGUUAACCACCACAUUACCACGAGUCCAGAACUAGCAGGGAAAGCCCCCAAACCUAAAGAGAGAGAUUUAAACGAAAAGCGGACGAGUAAAUCUUUCCUCUUCACUAGCAGUGUAUGGGCUCGUUGA